AUGUUUACCUGGAAUUUUAUUGCGGCCAGCAUUGUGGCCAUUUCGGCUCUUGCACCUACAACCAUGGGCAAUACAUUCGAUUCCAGCAACCUUAGAUGCAUUUCAUCUCCCAAUGACGAGUCUGGGAAAAUCUCCCAACUCUUUGCUCAAGAAGCGGCCGUCGGCCGAAAACUAGGUCGGAGGGUUGCCCAGGAGAUUGGUAUUAGUGUAUAUGUACACAUUGUGGCAAGCUCACAGAACGAGGCAGAUGGAUAUCUCAGCGAUGAGACUAUCCACAGCCAGCUACAAGUUCUAAGCUCCGAUUACCAGCCGGCCAAUAUCUCCUUCACCCUAAAAGCCAUGGACAGAACCAUCAACAAGACAUGGGCUAACGGCACAGAUCUCGAGUUCAUGUGGUACUCUGUUCGUAAUGGCAGUUAUAACGAUCUGAACCUUUGGUUUAUCCCUACAUUCCAUACCCUUGGUCUUUGUACCGUUCCCACCGCGGGCGAUGACCUUGAUUUGGCUCUUUCGCAAGACGGCUGCACCAUUCGCUCAGAUACAGUCCCUGGUGGUAGCUUAAACAACUACAACCUCGGAAAGACACUCACGCAUGAAGUUGGUCACUGGUUAGGACUCCUGCAUACGUUUGAAGGGGGAUGCGACGGCGACGGCGACUUCGUUGAUGAUACGCCUGCGCAGGCGUCUCCCUCCAACGGAUGCCCUGAAGGGAGAGACUCUUGCCCUGACAAACCAGGCCUGGAUCCAAUCCACAAUUUCAUGGAUUAUUCGUACGAGUACGUCCAGAACGUUGCCUCUGCUCUCGAGGUUCUUUGUUUUGGUGGUGCAUACGACUAA